AUGACACGAUUAGGCAAUUCUGAAUUCUUAAAAGAAAUAACUAAAGUUUUAUCUAAAAACAACGGGAAAAAUUCCAUAUAUUUAACUCAAAAAAGAUUAUCAUCAGCAUUACCUUUAGAACCAGUAUCCAAUUCAAAACCAACUGAUUUACCUUCAAAUGUAAUUGAAACUAAAGGAGAGGAUGACAUUCCUGUUAAUACUUCAACAUAUCCUGUGCUAAUUAGAAUAAGCUUAAAUUCUAAAGAUAAUAGAAAAGAUAAAAAAGAUAAAAUAAAAUUCUCUACCGUGAUUGAAUCAAAUAAUUUAGAUGUUUUCUGGUAUAAUUAUAUUCAAAUUAUAAAAGCUGGUUUUAUUGGAUUAAAGAAAAGGGAAAAGAAAAAGAGUAAGAAAAGUCAUAAGGUUUCAAAAUAA